UCUCAAGUUCUGCAUAUGCAACGUGCUUAUUUUAUUUUGCGUACUGCGUAGCCAAAAAGGCGAAAACUUUUUUUAAAUUUGUCCCAAUGUGAUCCAAGAAGUGUUUUAAAUUAAAAGUAAAAUAAAUCUACACAAUAAGAUCCUUGUAAAUAAGUGAACGAAAUCAAAAAUCAAAAUAGAAUCGCAUGUGUUGUUACAACGAGCUUGUAACCUAAAAAAAAACCAGUGACCAAGUGAAAGGAUCAAAAGUUUCUUUCUUUUCUUAAUUGAAUUCAAAUUAAAAUAUAUACAAAUAUUUAUUACAAUUAGAAAAUGUCUGUGUACAGUGCAAAGACAGGACUGUCAUCAAUUCUUAAGUCCUAUACCCCAACGGAAAGGGAAAAGACUAAAGCGGCUAUAAUCAAUAAAGUUCGUUUCCAGGAACCUCGUCGUCUGAAAGACGGCAUCAAUGGGGUGUUGGAGAAAAAUAAUUACAUGAUUAUAAAUGAAUAUGGUGAAUAUUUAAAGGAGUGUACUUUAAAUGAAUCUGAUUUCAUUCGAGCUAUUAAAGAGGCUCAUUCCCUGCUCCAUCUGCUGGACCCCAGAUUCGGUGGUAUAAUUGAAAUUCUCUUAACAUUGCCAUGGGCCAAUCGAAGUCCACAAGCAAUCCAAGCAUAUCAAGACUUCUUCGUUGAUCUUUUGGUAGCUCAAGUAAAACACUUAACCUUCGCCAUCAACAAUUUAAUUCGUCUAUGGAUUCCCAAAGAAGAAGAAAAAUGGGUAAACGGUACACCAGCUGAAGAUGUCAAAUAUGAAUUGCAGGCAGUUCAUAAAUUAAUUGCAAGAAUUCUAUCUAUCAUUCCCAUUGCAUGUGAUGUGGUCAUAGAGAAGAUUUAUGUACAUUUUCCAUAUUAUAAAAAAUUGCCCUUCAUUGUUGGUGGAUUUGUUCAUAAUGUAUUGUGGUUCUUGGAAUACCAACCGAAUCUCAACAAGGACGUUAUGAAAGUUUUGAUAAGGAAAUUACUUAUCUUUGAUGUGAAUGCACCACGACAUGAAAUUGAAGAAUCUGAAAUGGAAGAUGAAAAUGAGGAUGAAAUGUACGAUGAAGAAGAAGAUAACGAUGAGGAAAUGUUCAAAAUGGAAGAUACAACAAUAACAACAACAACGACGACGGGUGAACCAAAGAUAACCGCUGAGAUUCUUCCGAUGAAUCAUCAAGUCGCACAUGCCUUGGAUCUGUCUAUGGAAAAGACAAUGGCAUUUAUUGAUCGAUUCAAUCCGAAUGUUGGAGAUGGAGUUGAAGAGAAGUCGGCAACACUUUUGCAUGCUCUUGAAUUCUUGGAGGCUCUGGAAAGUAUUUUCGAGAAAUUUAUAUUACCCGGUCAUAAUACGCAUCAUGUACAAUUUCUUGUGUUUUAUUUUUGUAGUUUUAAGAAUGUCAUUGGAGAGAAAUUCCUAGAAUUCUUAUGGAGCAAAAUAAAUGAUCCCAACGAAUCGGCAGUGGCACGACAAACAGCUGUAGGAUAUAUUGCAAGUUUUCUAGCUCGAUCAAAGAACUUAUCUUUAGCGGUACUGAAAAACUAUCUGAAGGAACUCUGUGAAUGGGCACAUCAGUAUAUUCAUCGAAGUGAUCAAUACCGUUCCAAUGGCUCACUCAAAGCCAAUUUGGUUUUCUUUUCAGUUUGCCAAGCAAUUUUUUAUGUGAUAGCUUUUCGCAGUAGAGAUUUAACUGCUGAUAAAAAAGAUUUGUUGUUCCUGCAAUCUCUGCAAUUAUCCGCUUUGGUGACGUGUAACUUCAACCCUCUGAGAGUGUGUUUGCCAGCAGUAGCCACUGCCUUUGCUGGUGUCACAAGAGCCUACCAAUUGGCCUACUGUCAUGCGAUAUUAGAACGAAAUGCCCGACGUAAAUUGGCAACAGUCUAUGCUAACGAAAAAGCCACCCCUGAAGAAACAUUGGACACAUUUUUCCCCUUCGAUCCAUAUCUGUUAAAAAUAUCGAGCAGGAGAAUACAUCCAAUUUACUUGCAAUAUCAACCCAAUGAAGCUGAAGAAGAGUCAAGCAAUGAGACAACUAACUGUAACGCAGAUAGACUUCGCAAACGAGGUGAUUCAGAAAUGAUUGAUGAUAUUGAUGAUUUUUUGAUCGCCGAUAAACGUCAGAAACUAAGUGAAUUGGCGAGAAGCCAGGAGGCUCAAUUUACCUAUGGAUUAUCUCCGGGAUUUCAUACUUGAACAUAAAAUAUAAAUAAAAACGAAAACAAAAACACAACCCACGUAAGUGUUAAGGAGAUACAAAUCCAAGGUGCUUAACUUAAAGAGACUCAAUUUUUUAUAAUUAAAAUGUAUAAAUUAAUUUCUUUUUUUUUACUAUAAAAUUUAUAUACAUACAAAUAUAAAUAUAUAAUAAUAUCAAUAAAAA